CAUCAAUAUUUGCAGAAAACUUUGGGCCAAGCUUCACAAAGGGCGAAGGCUUCUUCUCUGUCUUUGCCAUUUUUUUCCCAGCAGCUACUGGAAUUCUUGCUGGUGCCAAUAUCUCAGGAGAUUUGGAGGAUCCCCAAGAUGCCAUCCCCAGAGGAACCAUGCUGGCCAUUUUCAUCACCACUGUUGCCUACAUAGGGGUUGCCAUUUGUGUAGGGGCCUGUGUGGUCCGAGAUGCCACCGGGAGCAUGAAUGAUACCAUCAUUUCUGGGCUGAACUGCAAUGGUUCAGCAGCCUGUGGGUUGGGCUAUGACUUCUCAAGAUGUCAACAUGAACCAUGUCAGUAUGGGCUGAUGAACAAUUUCCAGGUCAUGAGCAUGGUAUCAGGGUUCGGCCCGCUCAUCACCGCUGGAAUCUUUUCAGCAACACUUUCCUCCGCCCUGGCCUCCCUGGUCAGCGCACCCAAAGUGUUCCAGGCUCUGUGCAAGGACAACAUCUACAAAGCCCUGCAGUUCUUUGCAAAGGGAUAUGGGAAAAACAAUGAACCCCUGAGAGGAUAUAUUCUCACUUUUGUCAUAGCCAUGGCAUUUAUUCUUAUUGCGGAACUGAACACUAUUGCUCCCAUCAUCUCUAACUUCUUCCUGGCCUCGUAUGCACUUAUUAAUUUCUCCUGCUUCCAUGCUUCUUAUGCUAAAUCUCCAGGAUGGAGACCUGCAUAUGGAAUUUAUAAUAUGUGGGUAUCCCUUUUUGGAGCUGUUUUGUGCUGUGCAGUCAUGUUUGUCAUCAACUGGUGGGCAGCUGUCAUCACCUAUGUCAUUGAGUUCUUCCUCUAUAUCUACGUGACUUAUAAAAAGCCAGAUGUGAACUGGGGCUCCUCCACACAGGCUCUUUCCUACGUGAGUGCUUUAGACAAUGCCUUGGAAUUAACCACAGUGGAGGACCAUGUGAAAAAUUUCAGGCCCCAAUGCAUUGUCUUAACAGGAGGACCCAUGACAAGACCCGCUCUCUUGGACAUAACUCAUGCCUUUACCAAGAACAGUGGCCUUUGCAUCUGUUGUGAAGUCUUUGUGGGACCGCGCAAGCUGUGCGUUAAGGAGAUGAACAGUGGCAUGGUGAAAAAACAGGCCUGGCUUAUAAAGAACAAAAUCAAGGCUUUUUAUGCUGCAGUCGCGGCAGACUGUUUCAGAGAUGGUGUCCGAAGUCUCCUUCAGGCCUCAGGCUUAGGAAGAAUGAAACCAAACACUCUGGUGAUUGGAUAUAAAAAAAAUUGGAGGAAAGCUCCCUUGACAGAGAUUGAGAACUACGUGGGAAUCAUACAUGAUGCGUUUGAUUUUGAGAUUGGUGUCGUCAUAGUCAGAAUCAGCCAAGGGUUUGACAUCUCUCAGGUUCUUCAGGUGCAAGAAGAAUUAGAGCGAUUAGAACAGGAGAGACUAGCACUGGAAGCCACUAUCAAAGACAACGAGUGUGAAGAAGGAAACGGAGGCAUCCGAACCUUGUUUAAAAAAGCUGGCAAGUUGAACAUUACUAAGCUAAAUCCUAAAAAAGAUGGCAGCGUUAACACAAUCCAGUCGAUGCAUGUGGGAGAGUUCAACCAGAAACUGGUAGAAGCCAGCACUCAAUUUAAAAAGAAACAAGGAAAAGGCACAAUUGAUGUUUGGUGGUUGUUUGAUGAUGGAGGGUUAACACUUCUUAUCCCCUACAUCCUGACACUCAGAAAAAAAUGGAAGGACUGUAAAUUAAGAAUCUAUGUUGGAGGGAAGAUCAACCGCAUUGAAGAAGAAAAAAUAGCAAUGGCUUCCCUUCUGAGCAAAUUUAGGGUAAAAUUUGCAGAUAUCCAUAUCAUUGGUGACAUCAACGUUAAGCCAAACAAAGAGAGCUGGAAAGUCUUUGAAGAGAUGAUUGAACCAUAUCGUCUCCAUGAAAGCUGCAAAGAUUUAACAACUGCUGAGAAAUUAAAAAGAGAAACUCCGUGGAAAAUUACAGAUGCAGAACUGGAAGCAGUCAAGGAAAAGAGUUACCGUCAAGUUCGACUGAAUGAACUCUUACAGGAGCACUCAAGAGCUGCUAAUCUCAUUGUCCUGAGCCUUCCAGUGGCAAGAAAAGGAUCUAUAUCAGAUUUGUUGUAUAUGACGUGGUUGGAAAUCCUCACAAAGAACCUUCCUCCUGUCUUACUAGUUAGAGGAAAUCACAAAAAUGUCUUGACAUUUUACUCUUAAAACAUGAAAGAUUAGAAUGCAUCUUUAACUUAAUGUAUGAAUAAUUAAGAAACAUGUUCCAGUACCUUAUGUUGUAAAUCUGAUCUAUGGAUAUGCAAACCCCUGGAGACUAUCCUACCAGAUUCUACAUAAAUUUUGUCAUUUUUUUUAUUUUUAGUUAAUGGGAGUUUUUUUAUUUUUCCUGUCAGCUUAGGGGGGUGUCAAAACCAGUGCUGUCCCUAGAAAAAACAUUUUUGUUAUAGCUGUUGAUAAACAAAAAAAUUAAGCAAACUCAUGUUGGCUUAUGAUCAUAAAAACCACCAAUUUGAUUGUAAACUUCCCCGGGAAAACAUAAGCUUUUGUUUCUAGGGUGUUUGCUUCUCUGUCCUGGUAUAGGCCUCAACCCCACAGCAGGUUCUUAAUAAAUGCUUACUGACAGGCUGGUAUAGUAACCAUGGGUGGUUAUCAAAGGAAAGGACCAACAGCGUAGGGAACAUGAUUAUGCUUGCCCUUCCGAGAGGCUUAUGCCUACAAAGAAGAUUUAAAAGUCAAUAACUGAAAACUUUAAGAAGUACUUGAGUCUACAAAAUGUUUAAAGUAGUUACCUAAAUAAGGUUAUUUUAUGUAACAGAUUAUAUACUUAGAGUGAUCUGAGCGAUCUUUGAUAACAUACGGUUUGAAUUUGCUGCUGACUGAAAAGUAUAUUAACUAGAUUAGAAGACAGCAUAUAUUCCAAUUAAACAAAAUAGAUUCUAUUCUUAACAUAUCAGCUUUAGUUGCAUUCCUUACUAAAUAUUCUGAAAUUUCUAUUUCAGUGUUACCUUGCAUAUAUUUUUCUAAUUAAGUGGUUAGCACAGAUGAAACCUUUAUAGAUGACUAAUUGAAACCAAGUACCACAAAUUCUCAAACCAUGAUUAAGAAAUAUAUCCUGAAUCAUAUUUAGUUACUUUCGAUAGUGAUUGUGUGGAUUUAAAAGAAUAAUUAAAAUGUGAAAUGGAAAAACUUGCAAAAUUUCGAAUAUACAGGUAUUGAUUUUUUCAUUUUUGUUAGUAUACCUAUAAUACUUAAUCACAUUGACAAACCAACAAAAAAUUGUUUUUCUGAUGAAUGGCUUGAUUUUUCUUCUUGACAUGUUUUGACUGCUCAUUCUAACUGAAAAGAAUAUAUAUGGGAAAAAAUGAACCUGAAAUAAAAACACUCAAAUUC